UAUUAACCCUCACUCACAAAAAAAAAAAAAACAACAACAAGCAAGCUCUAAUUCCAGUCGGCGAACUCCAAAGACAAACAAAUUCAACAACAAUUCAAAUCCUCGAUCCCUAAUUCCCAAACCUCCACGUGUUAGCAAACAAACCCUAAUCGGGAGGAUUUGUUGGGUCUCGCGCAGCAGAUCAUGGGGCAAGUCACUUGGGAAGCUGAUAAGAUGCUUGAUGUUUAUAUAUAUGAUUAUCUCGUGAAACGAAACUUGCAAGAGACUGCGAAAGCCUUUAUGGCCGAAGGGAAAGUGGCCACGGAUCCAGUAGCAAUCGAUGCCCCUGGAGGAUUUCUCUUCGAAUGGUGGUCUGUGUUUUGGGAUAUAUUUAUCGCAAGAACAAAUGAAAAGCAUUCGGAUGUUGCUGCAACAUACAUUGAGAUGCAACAACAGAAAGCAGCUAAGGACCAUUCAAAGAUGCAACAAUAUCAGCUAAUGCAACGACAAGCAUCAUUACAAAGAAGAGAUGCUAAUCAUCCUGCUCUUGGUGGUGCUGGUGACGGGAAUUCUGAUGGCAUUUUGGGGUCUUCUGUACCAUCUUCUAUGGCUGCCAAAGCAUAUGGUGAACAAUUGAAGAAUUCAAACUCGAUAGAUUCUGAGGCUCUUAAGGCUCCAGCCACCCAUCCAGGGCUGUUAGUCCAAGGUCAGCCAGGUAAUAUAUCUUCAGCACUGCAGCAAAUUCAAGGACAGAAUCAAAUUGCUGAUGUUAAGCCUGGUUUUGGUGUUCCUCAAAGAUCAUUGCCUAUGGAUCCGUCGUCUUUAUACGGGCAGAGACCUGUACAGGGAAAGCCUGGACUUGGUGCUGGUAUUGGAUUGAACCAAGGCGCCAGUAAUCCUGCAACAUUGAAUGGCUGGCCAUUGUCGAAAAUACAGAGUGAGCAAGUCCGCUCAAGCUUAGGCCCACAAGUUCCUAGACCUUUUAUGUCAUCAUCAAAUCAGUUUCCGGUUUUGCCGCCACAACUGCAACAUGCCCAAAUGCAAGGUAAUAUUGGUCAUUCUCAUGGCUAUGGAAUUUUGGACCCUCAAAGGAUUAGGGCCUUGCAAAGGGGUGGUUUGAAUGCCAAAGAUGGUCAACCUACUGGAAGUGAUGGACAAGCGGGCCCUCCAUCACCUAUGGUCAGACAGGAGCAACUUGAAUAUUUAAUGAAGAUGGCCCAGAUGCAGCAACCCUCAGCUCAGAAACCUCAAGAACAGCUUCAGCAUCAAAAUCAUUUACAACAGAUUAUUAGAAAGAGAAAGCCGACUUCUUCUGGAGCUGCAAACAGUUCAGGUACAGGAAAUACGGUUGGACCUUCAAACUCCCAACCAUCAACUCCAUCUACUAGUACACCAGGUGAUGGAGUUGCAGUUGGUAGUAAUUUGCCACAUGCAAGCACUAUGCCAAAAAGUUCGAUGAUGUAUGGCACAGAUGGAGCAGGUGGACUCGGUUCUUCCACAAAUCAGAUGGAUGAUCUGGAAAAUUUUGGUGACAUCGGUACACUAGAUGAGCAUGUAGAAUCAUUUUUGUCAAAUGGUGAAGAUGCAAGGGACGUAUUUGCUCCCACAAAAAACAGCCCCGCCGAGCACAAUACGGAGACUUCGAAAGCUAUCACGGAGAUUGCUUGUAACCGAACAAGUAGCAACAAAGUCAGCUGCUGUCAUUUCUCUUCAGAUGGCAAGUUAUUGGCUAGUGCUGGACACGAUAAGAAGGUAUUUAUUUGGAACAUGGGCACUCUUCUCACUGCAAGUACUCCCGAAGAGCACAUGGGUGUUAUAACUGACAUCCGUUUUAGGCCAGACUCAACUCAGUUGGCAACAUCUUCUUUUGAUAGGACUGUCCGGCUUUGGAAUGCUGCUGAACCAAUCUGUCUUAUGCACACAUUUCCUGGACACAGCUCCCAAGUAACAUCACUAGAUUUUCACCCAAAAAAGACGGACAUUUUGUGCUCUUGUGAUGAUUUUGAAAUCCGGUUGUGGAAUGUCAGUCAAUAUUCAAGCUCUUCGUAUUCUAAGGGUAGUUCACGACUAGUGAGAUUUCAGCCCAGAAUUGGACAGCUUCUAGCUGCAGGAGCAGAUAAUGUGGUCUCCAUUUUUGAUUUUGAAGCGAAAAGAAGGAUCCACGCAUUACAGGGUCAUAACAAAGAGGUACAAUCUGUUUGUUGGGAUCCAAAUGGUGAAUUUCUUGCAACUGUUAGUCAUGAUACUGUAAAGGUUUGGUCCUUAGCAUCUGGAGAGUGCACACAUGAGCUAAACUCUAGUGGAAACAAUUACCAUUCUUGUCUUUUCCAUCCAACCUAUCCUGGGCUGUUGGUUAUUGGUGGAUAUCAGCAAUUAGAACUUUGGGACAGAAUGGAGAAUAAGACGAUGUCUAUCCGUGCUCAUGAUGGCUUAGUUUCAGCUCUCGCUCUCACAGCCACGGGAACAUUUGCCUCUGCAAGCCAUGAUAGAACUGUCAAAUUGUGGAAGUAACUCGGGUUAAAUUCAAAUUAUGCAUCAUAAGUUUCCUUUUGUCAUUUUGCUUUAAAAUUGUGGAGUAUAUAGGAAAUAAGCAACAAGGGUGUUUUUCUGGGGUGUAAAUUGGUGGCAAAGUAUAUAUAGGAAAAGGUCAGGGUUAUGUAAGAUGGCGUUUAAACAGGUCAUAAGCAUCAUAAAAAUGAUAAUUUAAAGUUUUCUUUUAUAUUAUAUUUA